GCUACAGGAAACGCAGCUAGACGGUGAAUGAUAGUCACUGCUUUCACAAAUUCUGAAACUACCAGAUAAUCUUUGUUGAAUUUUGUGUGCACAAGUCCUUGGUGGAGGUUGCCUGUAUACAUGUUUUCAUGAAGAGAAGUGAGAAGCCAGAAGGUUAUAGACAAAUGAGGCCUAAGACUUUUCCUGCCAGUAACUACACUGGCAGUAGCCAGCAGAUGUUACAGGAAAUACGAGAGAGCCUCAGGAAUUUACCUAAACCCUCCGAUGCUGCUAAAGCUGAUCACAGCAUGGGCAAAAUGUCAUCUGAAGAUCCUAGACAAGGCCGAAAUCCACCUAAAUUUGUUACAUACCAUAAGGUUUUGCAGGAGAUACGAAACUCACUUCUGCCUUUUGCAAAUGAAACCAACUCAGCAGUCAAAGGAACAUCAGAAGUUAAUCGACAAAUGCUGCAAGAUUUGCAAGCUGCUGGCUUUGAUGAGGAUAUGGUUGUACAAGCUCUCAGGCAAACUAACAACCGUAGUAUAGAAGCAGCAAUUGAAUUUAUUAGUAAAAUGAGCUACCAGGAUUCUCGUCGGGAGCAGAUGGUUGCAGCAGCAGCAAGACCUGUUAAUGCAGGUAUGAAACCACCAGGAGGAACCGUGCAGCAGUCGGUUCACCGCCGGCAGAGCUGGAAGGGUUCUAAGGAGUCCUUGGUGCCGCAGAGACACGGCCCUUCCCUGGGCGACGGGGUCGGUUACCGCUCGGAGAGCCCCAGCUCGCAGCCCGACGUCGGGAGGCCCUUGUCCGGCUCCGGCCUCGCAGCCUUCGCUCAGGCCCACCCUGGCACAGGGCAGCGCGUGAACCCACCACCGCUGCCGCAGAUCAGGAGCGUGACGCCGCCGCCACGGGGGCACACGCCCCCGCCGAGGGGGACUACUCCACCACCGCCCUCCUGGGAGCCCGGCCCGCAGACGAAACGCUACUCCGGAAGCAUGGAAUACAUCAUCUCCCGCAUUUCCCCCGUGCCGCCCGGCACGUGGCAGGACGGGUACCCGCCUCCAUCGAUGAAUCCUCCACCCAUGAGCGCUCCUGCCCAGGCGCAGAGGGGCAUGAGUGCUGUGCCCAUUGGCAGGCAGCCGAUCAUCAUGCAGAGCUCUGCCAACAGCAAAUUCGGCUUUCCCUCGGGAAGGGCUGCCAUGCAAAACGGCAACUGCCAGGCAGAAUUCUUAGUGCACCAGAAUGUCGUGUCCGGGAACUCGGUGAGUCGCCAGCCACCCCCAUACCCGAUAAAUCCUACUAAUAGGCAAAGUCCUACAGCACUACAGAUGCAGGCAGGAGGAUCUGCUCCUACUGCAGCCUACACCAACGGGAAUCUUCCUCAGACAAUGAUGGUGCCAAACAGGAAUAGCCACAACAUGGAACUCUAUAAUACAAAUGUAGCUGGAAUUCCUGCGUCCUGGUCGCAGCCUCCACCCGCACAACCACAGUCAUCACCUGGCAAUGGUCAUGAAAUACCCACGUGGCAACCCAGCGUUCCAGUAAGGUCCAAUUCCUUCAACAACCAUCAUGGGAGUAGGCAGAGUCAUUCUGGCAGUUCUCAGCCUUCAGCUACCACAGUAACAGCCAUAACCCCGGCGCCCAUUCAGCAGCCAGUAAAAAGCAUGCGGGUGCUAAAACCCGAGCUCCAGACCGCCUUGGCACCAACUCACCCGGCCUGGAUGCCGCAGCCUGUGCAAACCAUGCAGGCCAUGCCCUUCUCUGAGAGUCCAUCUACAAAUUUGGCAGUUCUGUCGCAUGUGGCUGAGGCUCCAAAUUACCAGGGUCCCCCGCCACCUUACCCCAAGCACUUGUUACACCAGAAUCCUGCUGUGAAUCCCUAUGAGACGGGGCCCAAGCUCAGCAAAGAGGAGCCACCUGUUUUACCUAAGGAGGAAGAGAACGAGAAGAAUUACGAAGGUUUUGAUUCACCAGAUAAAGAGAAGAAGCAAAUAACAACAUCACCUGUUCCUGUUAGAAAAAACAAAAAAGACGAAGAACGAAGAGAGUCUCGCAUUCAAAGUUACUCCCCUCAGGCCUUUAAGUUCUUCAUGGAGCAGCAUGUGGAAAAUAUACUCAAGUCACAUCAGCAGCGUUUGCAUCGGAAAAAACAACUAGAGAAUGAAAUGAUGCGGGUUGGAUUGUCACCAGAAGCCAGAGAUCAAAUGAGGAAAAUGUUGUGCCAGAAAGAGUCUAAUUAUAUUCGUCUAAGAAGAGCUAAAAUGGACAAGUCGAUGUUUGUAAAAAUUAAAACCCUGGGAGUGGGGGCAUUUGGAGAAGUCUGCCUAGCAAGAAAAGUGGAUACUAAUGCUUUAUAUGCAACGAAAACCCUGAGAAAGAAGGAUGUAUUGCUUAGGAACCAAGUUGCUCAUGUUAAGGCUGAGCGGGAUAUCCUUGCUGAAGCUGAUAAUGAAUGGGUGGUUCGGCUGUACUAUUCCUUCCAAGAUAAGGACAAUUUGUACUUUGUAAUGGACUACAUUCCAGGCGGUGAUAUGAUGAGUCUCUUAAUUAGAAUGGGUGUUUUUCCAGAGAAUCUGGCACGCUUCUACACAGCAGAGCUGACCUGCGCAGUGGAAAGUGUUCAUAAAAUGGGCUUCAUUCACAGAGAUAUCAAACCUGAUAACAUUUUGAUAGACCGUGAUGGUCACAUUAAAUUGACGGACUUUGGGCUCUGUACAGGUUUUCGAUGGACCCAUGAUUCAAAAUACUACCAGAGCGGUGACCACGCACGCCAGGACAGCAUGGAUUUCAGCAGCGAGUGGGGCGACCCGGCAAGCUGCAGGUGUGGUGACCGGCUGAAGCCGCUGGAGCGCCGGGCUGCGCGGCAGCACCAGCGCUGCCUGGCCCACUCCCUCGUGGGCACCCCCAACUACAUUGCACCCGAGGUGCUGCUGCGGACAGGUUACACACAAUUGUGUGACUGGUGGAGCGUUGGAGUCAUUCUCUUUGAAAUGUUAGUGGGGCAGCCUCCUUUCCUGGCGCAAACACCCCUGGAGACGCAAAUGAAGGUUAUCAACUGGCAAACUGCUCUUCAUAUUCCACCUCAAGCUAAACUGACUCCAGAGGCCUCCGACCUUAUUAUUAAACUCUGCCGAGGGCCAGAAGAUCGUUUAGGCAAAAACGGUGCCGAUGAAAUAAAAGCUCAUCCAUUUUUUAGAACAAUUGAUUUUUCAAGCGAUCUACGCCGACAGUCUGCUUUCUACAUUCCCAAAAUUGCUCAUCCCACAGACACAUCAAACUUUGAUCCAGUUGAUCCAGACAAAUUGUGGAGUGAUGAUGAUAAGGAAGGGAACAUAAAUGAUACACUUAAUGGGUGGUACAAAAAUGGAAAACAUCCUGAACAUGCUUUUUAUGAGUUCACGUUCCGCAGGUUUUUUGAUGACAAUGGCUACCCUUACAACAAUCCAAAGCCCAUUGAAUAUGAAUAUGGUAAUAAUUCACAAAGCUCAGAACAGCAGUCAGAGGAGGACGACGAUGAUGAUGAACAGGCAGGUAGAGGGGUUCAAAAUCGUGACCUGGUGUAUGUUUAGUAGAGGAAUAAAACAAAAAU